AUGUUUAACUGGGUGGUGAAAGUGGUUCCUCAGCCCCCUGACGCCCCUGGCUCUCUGGGACAGGAGACAGCCAAUCCCGCACCUGCAUCACCAUCACUGCCGGAGGUACAAAGAGAGGACGAAAGGAAUGGGYUGAUUAAGUGGAUAGCAGAGGGACUGAGCAAAGUGGUGCCUCAGCCGGAUGACAAGUACAGAGAGGAUAUUCGAGAGGAGGAGGAGGAGGAGACAGAGACGCAGAGCCCCUCCCACACAUACCUGUGGUGGAGAUCUUUUCAGACGAUGAGGAAGAGGAUCGGGUACCACAGUUCCCCCUCAAUUUUGUCGCCACCUCCUGAGUCUCUCAAAGGUGACGAGGACUCACAAAACUCCAAUGUCGUGGGCUGGUUUGUGACGGGCCUCGGCCUCAAGAUGCCACAGCCUGUCGCGAGAUCAAGAGAUGACGUUGAAGUUGUGCAGAAUGUCUCUAAACAACCCAAAGCAGUGGACCUGGUUCUGGAGGAAGUAGUAGAAGCAGACCUGAAGGAUCUGAAUCAGGAAGUGCCAUCCAAGGCUAUGCAGUCAGAACCACCACAGCCUUUUAAGCCCGCACAGACGACACAGCCAACACAGACGACACAGCCAACACAGACGACACAGCCAACACAGACGACUCAGUCACAGCCGGCACAGCCAAAACAACCAGUGAAACCCGAAGAGCCUGAACAGACUCUUCCAAAUGUGCCAGAGUCUACAACACCAUCGCUGGAGGACGCUGAGACUCAGACGGGCAGGUGGACUCCCUUCAUAGAGAGCAUCAAGAGAGAGGCUGAGGGCYUAGCUAUGGCUACCAUGGAGGAACGGAUGACCCAGGAGCGUGUGGAUUUGGUGCGAAUGGCGGAGGAGGUGGCCAGACACACAGCUGAGACGGCCAUCAGGCAGAUGCAAGAGGCACAAUCAAUCAAGCUUUCCAUUCACAGCCAGGAAGCCAUUCUGGAAGAAGACGAGGACCCAGAGUUACACAUGCUACGGGAGGAGGAGAGUGAGGUGGAGCACACUAAGAAUAAGAUGACAGAGUGUCAGGUGUGUCCUGCUAAGGAGGAGCCAGUGGAUGCAGCAAAAAGUGCCACUCAGUCAGAGCAUGACUCUGCAUCACCCGACGUUGAACCAGAGCCCCAGGAAGAGCUAAAGUCCCAGAGGGCCUCUCCAUCCCCUCCUCCCAGCCCAGAACCAGAUCCAGUCAAGACAGCAGAGCCUGACCCUAAACCAAAGGCCCAGGAUGCCAAAGUAGCACCUGAACCGGUGACCCAACAACCACAGAAAGCAGAGGGGGCAGAGGACGGAACCGCACCUGACACCACUACCAAGGAGGAGGGGGAGACUGCAGAGGAGGGUGGCUGUGGUGUCCCUGCCAGCUGUGAUGCAGUAAAGAGCUGUCUCAUGCGUGUUCCCCACGCGCCUGCGUGCCUCGACAGCUUCAACAACCUGCUGAAAGAGCACAACAUCACCCCUCCUAAACUUCCCCCUAUGCCCCAGCUCCCCACCAAUCUCUCCCAGUUUACCUCCCAGGUCACCCAGCUAGUGCCCUCUCUCCCCCCAGAACUUGCCCAAGAGCUCUCCCAGUACACUCGGCCUUUCACCCAAAUGUCCCAGCGUGUUUCCCAACUGCCACAACAGAUCUCUCAACUGCCCCAAAUUAUGUCCCAACUUCCCCAGCAGCUCCAAGUUCAAAUAACUCAGGAGUUACCCGGUCUACCCACCAACCUAACCCAGCAGUUAUCGAACUUACCCCAAACCCUGGCCAAUAUCCCCAGCCAGAUAUACAACUUACCUCAGCGAGCGGGACAAUCCUACACCAACGUGCAGAACCGCCUGAACAGCCUUAUGCCUCAGGAUGCCUAAGCAGCAGCAGCAGAAUCCUGACCUGGAGAUGGACCAGAUGAUCCGCCAGGUCCCCC